AUGACCGGCCAGAGCCUGUGGGACGUGUCGGAGGGCCACGCCGUCGAGGACAGUGAGAUCCGCAUCAACGUGGGCGGCUUCAAGAGGAAACUGCGUUCGCGCACGCUGCUGCGCUUCCCGGAGACGCGCCUGGGCCGCCUGCUGCUGUGCCACUCGCGCGAGGCCAUCCUGGAGCUCUGCGAUGACUACGACGACGUCCAGCGCGAGUUCUACUUCGACCGCAACCCCGAGCUCUUCCCCUACGUGCUGCACUUCUACCACACCGGCAAGCUGCACGUCAUGGCCGAGCUCUGCGUCUUCUCCUUCAGCCAGGAGAUCGAGUACUGGGGCAUCAAUGAGUUCUUCAUCGACUCCUGCUGCAGCUACAGCUACCACGGCCGCAAAGUGGAGCCCGAACAGGAGAAGUGGGAUGACCAGAGUGACCAGGAGAGCACCACGUCCUCCUUCGACGAGAUCCUAGCCUUCUACAACGACGCCUCCAAGUUUGAGGGGCAGCCCCUGGGCAACAUCCGCAGGCAGCUGUGGCUGGCGCUGGACAAUCCCGGCUACUCGGUCCUGAGCAGGGUCUUCAGCGUCCUGUCCAUCCUGGUGGUGCUGGGCUCCAUCAUCACCAUGUGCCUCAACAGCCUGCCGGACUUCCAGAUCCCGGACAGCCAGGGCCACCCUGGCGAGGACCCCAGGUUUGAAAUUGUGGAGCACUUUGGCAUUGCCUGGUUCACUUUCGAGCUGGUGGCCCGCUUUGCCGUGGCCCCGGACUUCCUGAAGUUCUUUAAGAACGCGCUGAACCUUAUUGACCUCAUGUCCAUUGUCCCCUUUUACAUCACUCUGGUGGUGAACCUAGUGGUGGAGAGCACACCUACCUUGGCCAACCUCGGCAGGGUGGCCCAGGUCCUGAGACUCAUGCGGAUCUUCCGCAUCUUGAAGCUGGCCAGGCACUCCACCGGCCUCCGGUCCCUGGGGGCCACGUUGAAAUACAGCUACAAAGAAGUAGGGCUGCUCUUACUUUACCUCUCCGUUGGGAUCUCCAUCUUCUCCGUGGUGGCCUACACCAUUGAAAAGGAGGAGAACGAGGACCUGGCCACCAUCCCCGCCUGCUGGUGGUGGGCCACUGUCAGUAUGACCACCGUGGGGUACGGGGAUGUGGUCCCGGGAACCACGGCAGGAAAGCUGACGGCCUCCGCCUGCAUCUUGGCCGGCAUCUUAGUGGUCGUUCUGCCCAUCACCUUGAUCUUCAACAAGUUCUCCCACUUUUACCGGCGCCAAAAGCAGCUGGAGAGUGCCAUGCGCAGCUGUGACUUUGGAGAUGGAAUGAAGGAGGUCCCGUCCGUCAACCUGAGGGACUACUAUGCCCAUAAAGUUAAGUCCCUCAUGGCAAGCCUGACGAACAUGAGCCGGAGCUCGCCGAGUGAGCUAAGCCUGGAUGAUUCCCUACAUUAGCUGGGAGGACUGCUCUCGUUGGUUCUCAGUCCUAUGUGGCGGAAUUGCCUCUUGUGCCUCAGGCACCACGGCUUGAGCACUUUGCCAGCCACAGCACGCUGUUGCCAUAAGGAGCAGGCCCGCGCCCAAGGGGGAGAGAUGCCUGGGCUGCGCGCACCCGGGGUUGCUUUACCGGUGUUUAGAAUUGUUUUUUAAGAGGAUGGUGUGUCUGACGCCAGGCCUUUGCACCUUUCAAUGAAACGGCGCUCGUGGGUGGUCCUUAGCCUGUGGGCGUAUCGUGUUCACCUUUCUGCCGGAUGAGUACCACCCAGAAUGCAAUUCUUUUUGCCCUGUUCAUUGUGUACACGAUUCUAGCGCUCCCAGUCCAAGCGCCGUCUGUGAGUUGUUUGUGUUCUUAUUUCUGAGGUUGUCAUGUGAGUUCUACACCAAAAAAAAAAAAAGGCCCCACCCCCAAACUGUCCAAUAGAAUAGAAACCUAUGUGUGAGG